CGGGCGCAGUUGCCCCACACAGCCUGGCGGCGGCGACGAAACAUAUCCGCUGCACAGGUGCUCUGCCUUUCGGGAACCCCUGCGCCGCCUGGCGUGCUGGUGGCGACGAGCCCCGGUAGAGGAUGCUGGCGGAGGGGGCUCGCCGGUGCGGCUCUGGGACUGGCCGGCCGCCCGCGAAGGGGCAACUGGGAGCCGCCGCGGCCUCCACAGGUACCUUAUCCAUGAGGGGCAGUGAGGAAGGGAAAAUGGUCACAAGGUUGCUGCCAGUCCAGGCUCAGGAGUCUGUGACAUUCAGGGAUGUGGCCGUGUUCUUCAGUCAGGAUGAGUGGCGGUGCCUGGAUUCUGCGCAGAGAACCCUGUACCGGGAGGUGAUGCUGGAGAACUACAGCACCCUAGUCUCUCUGGGAAUUCUGUUUUCCAAACCAAAGAUUAUCUUCCAGUUACAACAAGGGGAAGAUCCUUGCAUGGUGAAAAAAGGAGUUUUUCAAGGUACAUGUCUAGAGUGGGAGCAUCUCUUUGAAACCAGAGUUUCCAAAGAAGAAAAUCAGAAAAUAAUGAAUAAACUCAUAGGUGACAGUCUUUUUGACCUGAGUUUCGGAAAAACCUACAUAGAUGAGAACAAACUGCAAAGACAACGAGGCAAAAAGGACAAACCUGUCAAGAAAAUACUAGUUACCAUCAAAAAAACCUCCUUCAAAGAGAAGAGCUUUACAGAUAUUGAACUUGCACAAAAUACUGGUUUACAGCCAUCACUUACUAGAAAACCCAGAAUUGUUUCUAGAGGACAGAAACCCUAUUCACAACAGUUUUCAGUACUAUUUAAACAACUAGGAAUUGAUACAGUACGUAAGUGUUACAAAUGUAAUAUCUGUGGGAAAGUCUUCCUCCACAAUUCUUCCCUGAGUAAGCAUCAGAGAAUCCAUACUGGAGAGAAACUUUAUAAAUGUAAAGAAUGUAGAAAAGCUUUCAGCCAAAGCUCAUCUCUAACUCAGCACCUGAGAGUUCAUACUGGAGAGAAACCAUAUAUAUGUAGUGAAUGUGGAAAGGCUUUCAGUUUCACUACAUCCCUCAUUGGACAUCAGAGAAUGCAUACUGGAGAGAGACCCUAUAAAUGUAAUGAAUGUGGAAAAACAUUUAAAGGUAGUUCAUCCCUUAAUAAUCACCAACGAAUUCACACUGGAGAAAAGCCCUAUAAGUGUAAUGAAUGCGGAAGAGCCUUUAGCCAGUGCUCUUCUCUUAUUCAGCACCAUAGAAUUCAUACUGGAGAGAAGCCGUAUGAAUGUAGCCAGUGUGGGAAAGCCUUUACUUCAAUAUCACGGCUAAGUAGACACCAUAGAAUUCACACUGGAGAGAAACCCUUUAAUUGUAAUGAGUGUGGGAAGGUAUUCAGUUACCACUCAGCCCUUAUUAUACAUCAGAGAAUUCACACUGGUGAGAAGCCUUAUGCAUGCAAAGACUGUGGGAAAGCCUUUAGCCAAAGUUCUGCUCUCAUACAGCAUCAAAGAAUUCAUACUGGAGAAAAGCCCUACAAAUGUAACGAAUGUGGGAAAGCUUUCUCCUGGAUUUCACGGCUUAAUAUACACAACAGAAUCCAUACUGGAGAGAAACCAUAUAAUUGUAAAGAAUGUGGAAAAGCUUUCAGUUCCCACUCAGCAGUUAAUACUCAUCGAAAAAUUCAUACUGGAGAGAAACCAUAUAAAUGUAAUGAUUGUGAAAAAGCCUUCAACCAAAGCUCAGCUUUGAUUCAGCACCAGAGAAUUCAUACUGGAGAGAAACCAUUUAAUUGUAAAAUAUGUGGGAAAGCCUUCAGACAGAGUUCAUCCUUGAUGACACAUAUAAGAAUUCAUACGGGAGAAAAGCCUUAUAAAUGCAAAGAAUGUGGGAAAGCUUUUAGUCAGAGCUCAUCCCUUACAAAUCACCAGAGAACUCAUACAGGAGAAAAACCAUAAAUGCAUGUGGCAAAUCUUCCAACUAGUUCAUUCCAUACUUAAUGUCAAAGAUUCAUCUUGGGAAGAACUAUUAAUUCAGAAUUUAGACCUCAUUAAAUGGUAGAGACUCCGUGGUAUGGAAUAACUUCAGGAAUACUGCAAAAGGGUCUGUAAAAUGUUUUUCAUCUGAAGAAGACUGUACAGUUGAGAUUUGAUAAACUCAUAAAGUUUAGUAAGUUUAUAUUUUCUUUCUGGCAAUACAUAAUAGUCACCAGCUUUCACAGGCACCCUGAAGGAGCAUAUUGAAGUAUGUAAAAAUAAGCCAUAAGUCUCAGAUUUCAGGAUCCCAAGCUGCACCUACUUCCUUUGAGCACUCUGGUUUCCAGAAAUACCCAGGAACAAUAGGGAGCAUGGAUGAUCACCCAGGAGGUAUAAUGAACUGUAUGAGUUUAACCUGUAUGGUUCUUCUUCUCCAUCAGCAAGGCUUAUUCCUCCUCACACUUCAAAGGCCAAUAGAAAAAUUCAGUAGUAAGUUUUUUUUGAAACUACAUUUAAAUAGUCUAUAGUUCUACUGAGGAACAUGUCUUGUGAAAGAAAGGUAAGCAGGUAACCUGUAACUACCUCACAGACAGUGAAAUUUUUUUUUAAUAGUUUAAAGCAAAUUCUGUAUUUGGUGAUUGUUAAGAUUUUGGGAUUCUCUUCACCUUCCUAAAAGAUUCAUCUGAAAAGAAAGUCACUGUUCCAUGCAGGUUUACAGUUCUGCCCAUUUUCUCCCUAUUCCUUUUAAACUGUGUCAGAACUAAAGGCACUUCACUUUAAAUAACACAAUGCAUGGUAUUUCAGUUUUCCUUAAAAAGUUUUUACCUUUGUGUUGAGAAUUAAACACUGUUGAGACAACAGUUGUUUUUGCAAGUUAAUUUACUGACAAAUGUUGUUUAAAAUUGCGAGGGAG